AGUGAUUGAUGUAAUUGCAAUUCUUGGGUAUUGUAUGUGCACUGAAACUCAUCCGUUUAAGUUGCCUAAUUUUAUGCUAAUUUUACGAGUGGUUGCACUAGGAACAUUUUUUAGGCUCCUAAUACUUAAUACUGAUGAGAAAGUUCGAAGUGAUGACCCCAACGAAAUCGAUGAACGAACCAUGCAUGAGGUUUGCAACAGCUUUCAUAAAACUUUAUCAAAUAAAGUGGAUGAACUUGAUGCAUCAAUUGGAAGUGGCAAAUUCACUUUUGCCUCAUUAUCACCAGGUUCUGAUCAAAUGAGGUUGACUGCAAACAAGAUAAUUGUGCUUGUGUUUCCGUCUGGAAUUGACAAGAAACUUAACAGUUUGGACAGGAGCAUCCAGAGUGUGAAAACGGAUUGUGAAUGUUUCCCUAUUUAUUCUUGGGUAGACUCAAAUAAAAUUCACACCUAUAUUAUACUGAAAGCUGAAGCACCAUUUGAAAUGAUUAAGAUGAUGUGCUUGAAUAAGAAGAUCACCAAUGAACACUUAAAUUUAUAUAGGGAAAUGAAAAUAUUUCAUAAUAAAUGGAUUCACCAUUUUUUGAGAAUAGACUUCCUGCUGUCUUCAAAGUGUAUACCAGUCUUUGUGGAAAAAAUGGGUCAGCGCAAUGGGUGGCUUAUUCGAUGCAUCAUGAAGGGUAUUAGACAGAAUCAGGAAUCGGAGACAUCCCCAGCUCAUCAAAUGUUUGCUGAUGAGCCUGAAAGAGAACACAUUGAAACAACUGUUGGUAAUCGUAGUAAUCUAAGAAAACGCAAAAACCCAAAAACUGGUAAUGGCAAAAGAACUGAACCAACGAAGAAACGAACUCAAGCAAGCCCUGUAAAAUUACCUGAUCAAGAAGAUGGAACAUCAAGCCUACAGAGUUCUAACUCUCAAGCCACUGUUCAUAACCAAAGUGGGUUAACUUUACCUAAUGAUGCCAUUGCUAGUUCUGAUGAAGAAAAGGAAGAAGUUCCAGAGGACAUCGUUGAGCAACAACACAUGGAGGAAGAGAGUAUAAGAGAGACCUCAUGUACCAAAAUGGGUUUUUCAGUUCCACAAACAUCUUGCCAACAGGAUCCAAGUCUAGCUGUUGGUGCAACACCCAGUUCCAGUGGUUCAUCUAUGGAGGAAGCUGUACUAGGGCUAGACAAAUGUAAUCCUCAUGAUUCAGAAAGAAAACUACUCCUUGGUGAGAAUGAUUGUAGCCGUAGCUGUGUGAUUAAUGUUGAAAGUGAUUCUUCUGCUGAACAACUCCCAGUACCAGCUGAGAAACGGGAAAAUAUUUUAUGACCUGGAAAGUUGUAAAUUGUUGCUAAUAUUAUAUAUCCUUGGGGCCCUGAGUUUGCCUAGUCUGCACCCUUAAUAGUUAGGCCACUGUGCGAAGCAUUGAACAAUUGAACAAUUAAACAAUUGAAGUAGUAAAACUGUUGAAAACAGUUGCACCAUUUCUUUUAGCAGUUAG